AUGGACAGACCCAAUGAGACCUCCCCUGUGAGCGGCUUCAUUCUCCUGGGCCUCUCCGCCCACCCAAAGCCAGAGAAAACCUUCUUUGUGCUCAUCCUGCUGAUGUACCUGGUGAUCCUGCUGGGCAACGGGGUCCUCAUCCUGGUCACCAUCCUCGACACCCACCUGCACACGCCCAUGUACUUCUUCCUGGGGAACCUCUCCUUCCUGGACAUCUGCUACACCACAUCCUCGGUCCCCCUCAUUCUCGACAGCUUCCUGACCCCCAGGAAGACCAUCUCCUUCUCAGGCUGUGCGGUGCAGAUGUCUCUCUCUGCUGUCGGCUCCUGGGUAUUUAGUGUCACCAAUUCUAUAGUACAGACAUCUUUGGCAAUGAGGCUGCCUUUCUGUGGGGACAAUGUCAUUAAUCACUUCACCUGUGAGAUCCUGGCUGUCCUGAAACUGGCCUGUGCUGACAUCUCCAUCAAUGUCAUCAGCAUGGUUAUAGCCAACAUGAUCUUCUUGGCAAUCCCAGUCCUCUUCAUUUUUGUCUCCUAUGUCUUCAUCCUUGUGACCAUCCUGAGGAUCCCCUCUGCUGAGGGGAGGAGGAAGGCCUUCUCCACCUGCUCUGCCCACCUCACUGUGGUGGUCGUCUUCUAUGGGACCAUCCUCUUCAUGUAUGGGAAGCCCAAGUCCAAAGACCCACUGGGGGCAGACAAGCAGGACCUUGCAGACAAGCUCAUCUCCCUCUUCUAUGGGGUGGUGACCCCCAUGCUGAACCCCAUCAUCUACAGCCUAAGGAACAAGGAUGUGAGGGCUGCUGUGAGGAACCUGGUGGGUCAGAAACAUGUAACUGAGUGA